UAGAUAAUGAUGAUAAUAACAAUAAUUAUUAACAAAAAAACAGAAUACAACUAUCCUGACAAAAAUAUUUAAAGAAGCACAGCUAUUCCAAUCCACGUUUUAGAAAUAUUUAGAAAAUGGCUGUUGAAAUUGAGUCUGCUGAUGUUGUUCGACUUAUAGAACAGUACCUCAAAGAAAAUAAUCUUCUAAGGACACUAUCAUGUCUACAGGAAGAGAGUGGUAUCUCACUCAACACUGUAGAGUCUGUGGACAGUUUCAUCUCUGAUAUAACUGCUGGUCAUUGGGACAGUGUUCUUCAAGCUAUUCAAACACUCAAGCUCCCUGACAAUACACUGGUAGAUCUUUAUGGUCAAAUUGUGCUGGAACUUAUUGAGCUGCGAGAGCUUGGUGCAGCUAGAUCAUUGCUACGUCAGACAGAUCCCAUGAUUAUGAUGAAACACAGUCAGCCAGACAGAUACAUUCAUCUUGAGAACAUGCUGGCUAGAUCUUACUUCGAUCCACGUGAAGCUUACCCUGAAGGACAGACCAAAGAAAAAAGAAGAGCUGCCAUUGCUCAAGCAUUAGCUGUGGAAGUGAAUGUUGUCCCUCCUUCAAGAUUGUUAGCAUUGUUGGGACAAUCUCUGAAAUGGCAACAGCAUCAAGGAUUACUUCCACCAGGUACAACUAUUGAUGUGUUUAGAGGGAAAGCAGCUGUUAAAGAACAAGAAGAAGAGAAAUACCCUACACAGAUGAGCAAACAAAUUAAGUUUGGCCAAAAAGCUCAUGUUGAAUGUGCUAGAUUCUCUCCUGAUGGCCAAUAUCUAGUGACUGGUUCAGUUGAUGGCUUUGUUGAAGUUUGGAAUUUCACAACUGGAAAAAUCAGAAAGGAUUUAAGAUAUCAAGCACAGGAUAAUUUCAUGAUGAUGGAUGAAGCCAUUCUGUGUAUGAGUUUCAGCAGAGAUUCUGAGAUGUUAGCAACAGGAGCUCAAGAUGGUAAAAUAAAGGUAUGGAAAAUUCUGACUGGACAAUGUCUCAGGAAGUUUGAUAAGGCUCACAGUAAAGGAGUGACAUGUGUGAACUUUGCCAGAGACAAUAGCCAGCUUCUAAGUGCAUCUUUUGACCAAACUAUCCGUAUUCAUGGUAUGAAGUCUGGGAAAACAUUGAAAGAGUUUAGAGGUCAUACUUCUUUUGUCAAUGAUGCUGUAUUCUCACAGGAUGGUCACCAUAUACUCAGUGCCAGCUCUGAUGGAACCAUCAAAGUGUGGAGUGUCAAAACCACAGAAUGCCAAAACACAUUUAAAUCCCUUGGGAGUGUCUCUGGUGCAGAUACCACAGUUCACAGUGUUCACAUCUUACCUCGUAAUGCUGAGCAGUUUGUUGUAUGCAACAGGUCCAACACUGUUGUUAUUAUGAACUUCCAAGGACAGAUUGUUAGAAGUUUUUCCAGUGGUAAGAGAGAAGGUGGAGACUUUGUUUGUGCAACUUUGUCACCACGUGGAGAGUGGAUUUACUGUGUGGGUGAGGACAUGGUACUCUAUUGUUUCAGUGUUACCACUGGCAAGUUGGAGAGAACUUUAACAGUUCAUGAAAAAGAUGUCAUAGGAAUCAGUCACCACCCACAUCAGAAUCUAAUUGCUACUUAUUCAGAAGAUGGAUUAUUAAAAUUGUGGAAGCCAUAAGAUCAUGUUUUCCUAACUUUUAUUUUUUUAAAUUGUUCUUACUAUAGUAUCUUCAUAUGCUUAUUUAGUAUAAGAAAAAAUAAAACCACCAAAAAAAAAAUGAUUAGACUUAUUAUUA